CUGUCUCAGAGAAUGCGCAAGCUGUUUGGUUUCACAACACUUUGUUUCCUUGCUGCACAGUUUCUGGUGGGAGGAAGAGAAGCAGCUUCAGCUUAAAAUGCUAUUGCCCCUAGGGCUUGCCCUGCACCUGGAUAGCAUCGCCGUGCAGUCCCCCUUCGUGGCACCGCUGCUCCCUUCCAGCAGCGGCCCGCAAGCCUGGCUCGGCAGCAGCUACCGAAGCCUCCUCCGUGCUCCUCGCUGCUGCCUGGCGCCCGUCUGCACGCGCGUCCUCGUUCUGCUGCGGCCGUGAAACGCUGUUAGCAGCAACGCGCUGCGACGGCUUUGCUUCGCACCGCGACUGCGUGCGGUGUCCCCACGGCACCGUGAGCUGCUGCCCGGGCCCCGUCCCGCCGGAUCCGCUCUGCUCUGCGCCGUGUGUCCCGGCUCGGCGUGGGGAGCUGGGGCCUCUGCUUAAAGCCGGUUGGGGCAAGGGGCACUCCCCCGCUCCGCGAUUAAAUCCCCCCCCCCGCUUUGUGUUCCCGCGCGGCAGGCUCCCCCCCCGCGACGGGCGCCGAGCCCUGGGCUAGGCCUCCCCGCCCGGAUGGGCCGUGGUGCUUCCCAUCGCCAGCGGCAGCAUGGAGCUGCGGCGGGACAGCAGCAGCCUCUGCCUGCGCGACGGCGUCGGCGGCUGCCGGCCGCGCUCCGAGGAGCCCCGCGGCCGGAGGAACUCCAUCCCCCCCGUGCAGACCCCCACGGCCAAGCACCUGCUGGCCUACCUGCCCCGGCCGCCGACGGACGCCAGCGGGUACGGCACCUUCCCGCGGGAGCCUGAAGCCCCAGCCUCUCCCACGGCGGAAGACAGCCGGCAGCAAGCAGGCUCCGAACCCGCAAAGAGACGUGCCCUGCUAUGGAACUACCUUCCCCUGCCCUGCAGCACCGGCGUCCCCGGCGACCAGUCGCUCCCGCAGAGCCGAGUGAGCUUAACGGACUCGGAGGCCGUCGUGCCCGCCAGGCACCGGCCCGGCGUCGCCAUCGACGCCGAAGAACUGCCCGCGUACCGCCGAGCGUCGCGCCGCGACCCGCCCCCUCCGCUGCGGGACGCCGGCACCCGCUGGUACCCACGGCACGCGCUCAGCGUGCCGAACGUCCCCGGCUCGGCGCGGAGCAAAACGCCCACGCGCAGCGUCGUCUCCGUCCCCGCCGCGGAGAGGCUGCAGAACCGGCGCUGCAAACUCAUCGCCGACGACCGGCUGUUCGGUCUAGCCAGCAAGCAGCAGCGCCAGCGAUACGUGACCAAAAUGGGCAAGUGCCAGGUGAACCUGGGCAAUAUCCAGGAGAAAAAGAGGUUCUUGUCUGACAUUUUCACCACCAUCGUGGACCUCAAGUACCGCUGGUUCCUCUUUGUCUUCAUGAUGUGCUAUAUUGCUACCUGGGUCGUCUUUGGCAUCAUCUAUUUCUUUGAUGCUUGGGUAAGGGGUGACGUCAACCACAUCGGCGAUCCGGAGUGGAAGGCGUGUAUUGAGAACGUGGACAAUUUCCUAUCCGCCUUACUCUUCUCUGUGGAAAGCCAGAGGACCAUCGGCUACGGCUCCAGGAUCGUGACCGCCAACUGCCCCGAGGGCGUCAUCCUGCUCAUGGUGCAGUCCAUCAUCGGGUCCAUGAUCGACGCCCUGAUGGUGGGGUGCAUGUUCGUCAAGAUCUCCAGGCCCAAGAAACGUGCCCAGACCUUAAUCUUCAGCAAAAACUGCGUCAUCUCCCACCGGGACGAGAAGCUCUGCCUGAUGUUCCGCAUUGGGGACCUCCGCGAUAGCCACAUGGUAGAUGCGAAAAUAAGAGCAAAGCUGAUCAAAUCGCGACAGACCAAAGAAGGGGAGUUCAUCCCCUUGGAGCAGUCCGAGCUGAACCUGGGCUACGACACGGGAGAGGACAGACUGUUCCUGGUGGAGCCCCAAAUCAUCUGCCACGUGAUCAAUCAGCGCAGCCCUUUCUGGGACAUGUCGGCAGAGUCCCUGAGAAGGGAGCAGUUCGAAAUCAUCAUAAUCCUUGAGGGCAUUGUGGAAGCCACAGGGAUGACGUGUCAAGCCCGCACCUCCUACACGGAGGACGAGAUCCUCUGGGGAUACCGCUUUGAACCCUGCAUGUCGCUGGAGAAGGGAGCCUUCCGCGUGGACUACAGCAGGUUUGAGCUGACGUUCGAGGUGCAGACGCCCGCGCUGAGCGCGAAGGAGACGCAGCAGAUGAAGGAGCUGGGGCGGCAGGACCGCUCCGCGCUGAGCCUCCCCUGCGAGCAGCCGCCGCAGCCGUGCGCCUCGGCGGACAGGAGCAAGGCGGGGGGGCCGGCCCCGGCGGGGGGGCUCUGGGCACGCUGAGCAUCCCCGGCAUCACGGAGCAUCCCGGAUCUGCGGUGCCCCCCCCCCCCGCGCGGGGGUCCCCGGAGCGGGGCCGCGGAAGCGCCUCACGCUGCCAGUGCCAGACCCACCCCCUCGCCGCUCGGGGGGACCCCUGCGCCCGCCGCGCCUCCCCUCCCCGCGGCCGCUGGCCCCAGCAGCGGCGGCCGCUGACCGGCAUUGCCUCUGCCAGGCUGCUUUUGCAGCGGGGGGCACAAGGUCCAGCACCCCGACUGCCCCGGGGCCCACACGACCGCUCCACGACCCCCCCCAGAGCCCCCCCAAUGGCUCCGGGACCCACACGACUGCCCCCAGACCCCCCCACUGGCCCCAGGGCCCCCCUGACGGCCC